GGUAACUUUGUAUGCGUCAAAUCGUUCAAAUAGAAAGUGUUUAACUUUUUUCAACUUUCCUUUGUGACGUAUGGCAUCGGCAAUCCAUGAUUUAUUGCGUCAACGCCUGAUCUUGUCGGUUAAGGUUUCGUUGUGGACUUUGGAAGAAUAAGCUCGACGACCAAUUGCCAUCUUAUCAUUAUCGAGAAACUCUCGAGAAAUUUGCCAUCUGUUCCAUUGGUUCGCUCUCCCUCGCGCACUUUGUCUGAGCCCUUAAACGUCGCAACCUCGUUCUGGCAUCCUGUCGAUUAUUAACAACCAGUGAGAAAAACAAGCCGGGGGCAUCCCGCAAAAAUGCGCCGCUUCGAGGCCGCAGAAAGUCACUCCCGAGAAAUAAUGAGAAAUGAGGCUCGUUUCAUCAUCGUACAAUACAUCGAAUGCCAGCUCGUCGAGCACGCGGAAGACGCGACGCCGUCAAACUGCAGUAGUGGUUAACAGGAUUCAACGCCAGAAAGCAAUUUGCAGAUACUAAAAUGUCCCAACCGGAAUUGAUCAACGAUCUGGACGUGCCUGAGAAUCCGCAGCAUUCUUGUCAGUGCUCCACUAUCGGCAAUGAAAGGCGCGUGGGCAGCACCAGGAUCUCCAACAAUCAAGAUUUCCCGCGAAGUCUGGAGAGUUUACAGAGCGCUUUCGAGCCGAUACGAAGGCUGGAGAGUCCUCAUCAAGAUAAUUCACAGCAGAUCAGUCUGGAGAACGCCAGAAACAUCGAUCUUCUAGAACGCCAAGCGAACAUAUCCCCAAAUCCGAGAUCCAUGAACGGCCAGAGCUCCAUAUUAUUGCUUCACGAGCACAAUCUGUCUUGUAACUUGGACCUGUCGCGUAAUUUGGCAUUCGAGGCGGCUCGAAGGGUCCAGGAGACCUCGAGCCUGCAGGAUAAUCAGCACAGUUUGACCUCGAGUCCCAGUCCCUUGCUCGAGGCCGAGUCAAAUCUGCUCGAGACGAGCAGUAAAGAGCUGGAGGAUCACGGUGGCUUAUCACCCCAGAAGCAAAGCUCCAAGGACAAGCUGAAGAACGUUCAACAGGUGUUAAAUCCCUAUCAGCAUCAUCACGAGCCGGUGGAUCGCAGCGUUCACGGACACUUUCAUGGCGACACCGCGCACAUUCACAAGCACACCGAUCAUUUUCUGAACACUCGAACUCGACACGAGAGCCUGAUGGGUUUUCAGCAACACCAGCGACAGCACACGCAUCAUCAUCACGGUAACGCAAAGACCAACGUUUCUCAUCAUCAUGGACCCGGCGCGCAUCACGCGCACGCGCAAGGAAUGACUGCACAUCAUCACGGAAAUCUGGUGACUAGUCUCACCAGUCAUAUCCACGGAACAGCUGAAUAUCGCGUUAUCGUUUCAGGUUCCAGUUCGAUGAAUCAAGCCAGCUCUGACCCUACCGGACAUCAUCAUCCAACCUCAAUACCAAUCACGGCCACGAUAAACCGUAACUCGCCGCGCAGCCACCAUCGCAGUCAUCACUCGAAUCCCACUUUUCCCGGGGAUCAUCACGGGGUUUCCAGCCCUCUGAGCGGCGCGUCGUCGAACUCGAGUAUGAUGAACCACGGCGGCUCGCCCACGAUGCACCGGCACGUGGUGAACGUCAACAGCAGCUUGUCGACGACACCUUUGGCAGGCCACCAUCGCGGCAGCUCUUCGGGCAGCCUGACCGGCCACUCCAGCGUGAACCAUCAUCACGUCAGCUCCGGUAUAUCGUGCGAGUCCUCGUCAUCGAACGCCAACACCAGGACUCAUAGCAGGCUGGACCACGUUCACGAGCAUCAUCACCACCUGCAACCGGUGCACUUGCUGCACGCGAGCCAUCCCGACACCAGGCCGAGAGAUCGGACGCCCUCGAGCUUGGAUCAUCACGGGCACCUUCAUGGACACGUGCACAAUCAUGGGCAUCCACACGGGCAGAACGACACCAAAAACGCGUCUCUUAUAGGCGUCGACGCCAUUCAGGUUUCAGCCCCAACGAAGAACAAAUGUCAAUGCCACGCGGUGCAGCAACCCGGAGGAAACAACAGAGGAACGGAGGGCGAGAGUGAUGAAGGCAUUGAGGUGGCAUCGAGAACACAUCAACCUCCUGCCCUUCCUCCACGUCCACCACCGAGACCAACGAGACGUUACGAGAGGACUGCUGCCAGUCAAUGUCACAGCGGCGAAGGUGGCUGUUGCAAGAAGUACGUUGUCCUCUGCUGCCUCUGCGGUGGGUUGAGCGCGGCGGUCGGCAGCCUCUUUUUGGCGGUGCACGCGGUCCUGUCAGCCCACACGGCCAGCUUAGCUCUCUUCGAGACCGUGCCGUCUUACAUUCCUGGCAUUAUGUUGAUCCUUAUGGGUCUUUUCACAAUGCUGUUGGCUAGGCGAAAGCACAGAUACGGGCUUCUGAUGAAAGUCUGCGGUUCCGUGGGAGUGGUGUGCGCUUUAGUGUGCGUCCUCGUCACCGUCACGACCACGGUAAUUCACAUGUCGCGAUUGCAGAAUCUUCGCGAAUGCGUUUACACCGCGCGAGCGAGAUCGUGCACGUGUUACGGCGCGCCGCAAACUAAGGGAGAUCCCGGAGUACUGUUCGAGGGAACUCCUCACUGCGAUGCGGUGCACGGCGCGCUCUCGGACUGCCUGAGGGCUCUCUUCGGCGUCUCGGUCGCCGGUAUUCUGGCCUGCAUAUUCUCCUGCAUGCUGGUAUACCAGUUGUUGAGUCACGAAAAGAAAAAGAUGUACUGGGAACAGUUGGAGCUGCGAUGCAGAUCGCUGUACGGGCAAGGCGGCGCCGUGGGACCACCAGCCGGAUCCUGCGGAUGCUGCAACGAUUGCGGAGGCGCGAGUCCGUGGUGGGCGCAGACACCGGGAAAUCUGUAUACGCCGAACCCCGACAUGGCACCUUCCAGAAGAUGGCGAUUACCCUGGUCUAGAUCGAGAGGUCCAGCACCGAGUCCAGAUUCGAACUAUGGCUUUCACACACAAGCACGAUCAGCGGAAACUAACGUGGAAGGCGGAACUGGCCCGUACAGUGUUCUUAAUUCGCAAUCGAGUGGUCCUUAUUCCGUUUUAAACACUCAAACUGUUCCUUACACCCCGAGUACUGCCUCUUACAGCGUUCUGGAAACGCCAGUUCCAUUGUGGGGACCACCGCCUCCUUACAGCGAUCCCAACAGUCCUGCUAGAAGGCCACAAAUGACCGAAUCGAGAGCCAGAAUUGCCAAGAGGAUGGAUAACUUUGAAAAUAACGAAGAUCAUAGACCGAGAUCCGCGAAGCGACCCACCGACAAUUACGAGAAUGCAGAAGAGAUUUCCAACAGCACGGACCCCGAAGGCGGAAAUGAGGGAACCGUCAAAGGUAGGAGAAUUAGAAAGCCAUUGAAAGGAGUGGAAAACGGGGCAUUUCAACAAGAAACGAAUCCCGGCUCGAAACAGUCCGAGAGCGAACUGUAUUUCGGAGACGUAUCUUCAUGCUGCGGACCUGAGAGUAGUUUUUAUGAUCUGGCUGUAGAGAAAGAAGGCGCGGAACGUUCGGAAGGUGCGGACUAUCUGGCGAGCAGACUGGGCAAACGUCAGCUGUCAAAGAGAUCCCGGCUGCCUCUUCCGCUGCCUGCGGACAACGGUGACAUUCCUGUCGAUAAUUACGCAAACAGCGACGAGCCGAGGAACGCCAGAGGUCCAUUUCGCCCCGACGCGCAAUACGAGGUGAUUCAGCAGGGUCGUUACUCUUAUUACGCGUCGAAGGACGACGAGGAGUUGCAGGAGGGCCCGACGAAUUCCGGUUACUUCCGGGAGGACGAGAACGAGAGAGCGCGUGAAAGAGAUUACAGGGAUUACAGAAACAGCCAGGAGGAGGAGGCACCCCAGUGCUGUUUGAGUGAUUCAACAACCCUCGAUUCGGGUUGGCAGAGUGGAGAACAGCCUCAAUCAGACGACAACGUGCGGCCGGUUAACGUGUGAUCUUAGAUAGACUCGUAAGAUUUUAGUGACAAAGGACCAUGAAUUUUUUUCGAAAAAGUGAAAAUAAUUAUAGAUCGUAACGAAGAAAAAAUGCGACAAUAGAUUCUGAUCUGUGAAUGCGUAACUUAGAUCGAUCGUAAGUCUUGUGUUGAUAGAGAAGUUAGGGACAAUAGAGUAUGAGUCGGAUGACAGUUCGCUUUAAAAAAAAAAA